AUUUUUUGAAUGUUCAAAUUUGUGUUUAGUUGAUGUUCAAAUUUUCAAUAUAGAUUACCACUAUAUAGUUUUUUUUUUUUGCAAACUUAGUUGAAGUUCUUAUCCAAUAUACUAAGUGUUUUCUUGCAUCAUGUGCAGUAUAAAACUUUCAAUUAAAUUAUAUAUAAAAAUAUUUUUAUUAAUAUGCCUUUGUUUUGUGCUUUAAAAAUUAAUUAAAAUAUAUAUAAUUGCUUAUACAAUGUUUAUCUUUAAUAUAAUGAUUUUAGAUUGUUAAAAUAUUUUAAAAACUUGUCAAAAUAUCUAAAACGAAUUAUCCAUGUUACUAUAAUCUUAAUAUCAUUAAUAAUUUGUAACUUCAAUAUUUUAUUUUUUAAAUAAUAUGGCAAUGAACCUUUUAAAAAGUAAUAUAUUCUUUGAAAUAUAUUUUUUCUGGAUAGAUUAACUUUUGGAAAUGUAAAUAACAUAAAAAUUUUAUUUGCAAAAUUCUAAACAUUAUAAAGAUUAAAAUAUAGGGGCACUUGUUUUAUUUAUAGUAUAUAGAAUAAUUUAGUUAUGAGAUAUAAUUUUAAGAAUCAAAUACUUUCUUAAUAAUUUUACCAUAUUUGGAUAAAUUUUCAUUAUAAAUAUUAAUAAUAUAUAAAUACUAAAAAUAAUAAAUAAAUUUAGUUGCAUUUUUAUUAACUUGAUUAAAGUGUAAGUAAUAUAAUUGCAUAUUGGAUUUAAAUUAUUUAUUUAUAUCUUUUAGUUAUGGAAAUAAUUAUAUACUCAGUCUUUUAAUUAUGGUAAUAAUUAUAUACAUAAUAUUUUAUAUUUGAAUUUCUUUAGUUGAGUUUUGCAUAGUAAAUAUGUUAAGUCAUGUUAUAAUUAGAUAUGAUUCAUGUCAUCAUUUAAGUGAACUAUAUCAUUAUUUUUUUGCUAAAAUGAUUAUAGUGAUGACAUGUGUUGCUAAAAUGAUUGCGGUGAUGACAUGUGUCAAAAUCACUUUAAAUAAUGUCCAGAGAAUAUGGAAGCCAAACACACAAAAAGAUAUGCAUCUGUAUAUAUCAGAUUUCAUGACAUUUCAGGAAGAAAAUGUAAAUCUUAUUUAAAGGUAAUUAAUAUAUUCUAUUGACAUGUGUAUACAAGAGAAGAGAACACCUAACUAGAAUUAUAUGUCCACCCCCAAAAGUUGAAGUUCGACUUCCUAUAAAUUUGGAGGAAGACAAGAACAAUCUUCACACUUUCCAUCCAUCGACAGUUUUUGAGUUUUCUGGUAAACAAAGUGCAUACACUACAAUCUUUUGUAACCGAUUUACGAAUCGGAUCACAUCAGUAGGCGCUUUUCUCGUUAUAUUAGUAAUAUUUAAUUAUCAGUAAAUUAUAUUUUUAGUUACCUACUUUCGUGUUAUUAUUUUGACAGUUUGUCAGAUGAAAAGUGUUCAUAGUUUUCUUGUUUGUUUUUAACAAAAAAUAAUUAAAUACAGGUUCUUUUUUGUAACACAACUGCCAUUAAGAUAAAAGCUUGUAUUCACAAAUAAAUCAACACUGCUUGUUUUAUUUUACUUUUAAAAAUAAUUAAGUUAUUAAUUAUAAUAAAGGGACUGAAGUGAUCCUGAUAAAAUCAUUUACCAUCACAAUUUUUAGUAUCCACAAAAGUGUGUGAUUUUCUCUGUUUCUCGACAUGCAUCUUCUAUUCAUCUUUUGUUUAAUAAUUCAAAGAAAAAUGCUAUUGUUUUGUUUAAUGCGUCCUUAUAUUAUAUUUACUCGGCUUCUUUACAUAGCCUGGUUUGCUUUGAACCCCUUUUGUUUUACAGAUCAUUAACUAGUUUGACAAGUGCUUUACGAUCUUGAAAGAAGAUGAUGUCUUAUGGUGAAAGGCCAAGACUGCUUGUGGUAGCUAACCGGCUUCCGGUUUCUUCAAAGAAAACAGGGGAAAAUUCUUGGUCUAUGGAAAUGAGUCCUGGUGGUAAAUUUAAUCUUCUAGGUGGUGUGACAGAUCAAUAUGAUACUAAAUGGGUUGGAUGGCCUGGAUUUGAUGUGUAUAAUGAAGUUGAAAAAACUGCACUCUCUAAAUCUCUUGCUCAAAUGAAUUGUAUCCCUGUGUUCCUUAAUGAGGUUUUUGAUCAAUAUUACAAUGGUUAUAGCAACGGCAUAAUAUGGCCAAUUCUUCAUCACAUGGGACUUCCAGUAGAAUAUCAUCAUGACGCAAACAAGUCGUUCCAAACACAAUAUGAUGCAUACAAGAAAGCAAAUCGAAUGUUUCUUGAUGUCGUAAUGGAGAAUUAUGAAGAAGGAGAUACUAUUUGGUGCCAAGAUUAUCAUCUCAUGUUUCUUCCUCAAUACCUUAAAGAAUACAACAACAAAAUCAAAGUUGGAUGGUUUCUCCAUUCACCAUUUCCUUCUUCAGAGGUCUACAAAACAUUGCCCUCGCGAUCAGAGCUUCUUCGUUCGGUUCUUAGAGCUGAUUUACUUGGUUUCCAUACGUACGAUUUUGCAAGACAUUUCGUGAGUACAUGCACUCAAAUUCUUGGCGUUGAAGGUACACAUGAAGGGGUUGUGGAUCAAGGCAGACUCACUCGUGUAGUUGUUCUUCCCAUGGGAAUAGAUCCUGACCGGUUUAUAAGCACAUGUAAGCUUCCUGAAGUCAUACAACAAAUGAAUGAGCUUAAAGAGAAAUUUUCUGGCAAAAAGGUGAUAUUAGGUGUUGAUCGUCUUGACAUGAUCAAAGGGAUUCCACAAAAGUAUCUUGGAUUUGAGAAAUUUCUUGAAGAAAAUCCAGAUUGGCGCGAUAAAGUUGUCCUGGUGCAAAUUGCUGUGCCAACAAGAGAUGCUGUCCCUGAAUAUCAGAAGGUCAGAGACCAAGUUCAUGGACUCGUUGGACGCAUUAAUGGUCGUUUUGGUUCUAUCUCUUCUCUUCCAGUUCAUCACAUGGAUUGUUCUGUUCCCUCCAAUUACUUAUGUGCACUUUACGCGACUGCUGAUGUAAUGCUUGUAACGUCUUUGAGAGAUGGACUGAAUCUCGUUAGUCAUGAGUUUGUUGCAAGCCAAGAGAGCAAAAAGGGGGUUCUUAUUCUCAGUGAGUUUGCCGGUGCUGGACAGUCACUUGGUGCUGGAGCUCUACUUGUGAAUCCUUGGAAUGUUACAGAAGUUUCUUCUGCCAUUAAAGACGCUCUAACUAUGCCAGCUGAAGAAAGGGAAGAAAGACAUAGAGUUAAUUUUCAGUAUGUGAUAACUAAUUCUGCUGAAAAAUGGGGAGGUGAUUUCUUGAGUGAACUCAAUGACGCUUUUGCUGCAUCCGAGAUGAAAAUUAGGAGUAUCCCACAUGAAAUUCCACAACAAGAUAUGAUACAACGAUAUUCACAGUCUAACCAUAGACUGAUAAUCUUGGGUUUCUGUGGAACACUCACUGAGCCAAUGAAUAGUCAAAAUGACGAGCUGGAUCUUAAACUAAACCCAAAGCUAGAAGGAACAUUGAAAGCAUUAUGCAAUGAUCCAAAAACAACAGUAGUUGUAUUGAGUAGAAGUGGCAGAAACAUAUUGGAUAAGGUCUUUGGAGAGUAUAAGAUAUGGCUGGCUGCAGAAAAUGGAAUGUUCUUGAGGGAUCCCAGUGGAGAAUGGGUGACAAAUAUGCCUCAAAACAUGAAGAAUCUCGACUGGGUCCAUGGUGUAAAGAAUGUUUUUAAGUACUUCACAGAUCGAACUCCAAGAUCCUUCUUCGAAGCAAGCGAGACUUCUCUAGUAUGGAAUCACGAAUAUGCAGACGUUAAAUUUGGGAAAACACAAGCGAGAGACAUGUUACAGCACUUAUGGGCAGGACCAAUCUCUAAGGCAUCAGUUGAUGUUGUUCGAGGAAACCAUUCUGUUGAAGUCCAUGCAAUGAAUGAGACUAAGGGAGCAGCAAUUGGUCGUAUUUUGGGAGAAAUGAUGCAUAAAAUAUCAAUGACCACACCCAUUGAUUAUGUCUUUUGUAGUGGUUACUUGUUGGAGAAGGACGAAGAUAUUUACACUUUCUUCGAAUCAGAAAUCGUGCCGUCCAAGUUAUCUCAUGAAACUAGGUCGAAGUCUUCUUCAAGUAUUCACUCCCUAAAGAAGAAGCAGGUUUCACCGAAUGUUUUUGACCUCAAAAAGGAGAAUUACUUCUCUGUGGCCAUCGGACAAACUCGCUCAAAAGCUCGCUAUGUCAUUGACUCAUCUCAAGAUGUUGUGGAUUUGCUCAGUCUUGCAGUUGCAGAUACAACAACAAUGGCCCACCCAUUUUCUGAUAGCGAAUUACAUCAGACUCGCAAUGGAAGCGCGAAUUUGAAACACUCCACAGACGGGAAGACCAACGAGAGCCAAGAGACCAAACUCUAAUCGUUUCUUCCAAGUCUUUUGUUUAGUUAUUUUGCAUAAUAAGAGGAGUCCACUGCUCUGAAAUGUAGGAGCAUGACCUUAGUGGAUUUCUCAUUUUCUUUGGUGUACCAAUCUUUUCUUCAUAGAAACAAAAAUAAAUAAAAGUAGAGAGUUUUCUACCAUCAAAUGCUUUAACUAGAGACCAUAAAUCUAGGUUCUGGAUUUAACCGUUCGUAUUAAUAUCAGCAAAUAAUACAGAAAUGAUGUUUUUUUUAUCUAUAAAAUGUGGAACAUGAAAGAACACAAUACCAACAAAACAAUAACAUAUAAGAAUCCAAACUAGAUAUAGGCAAAGCUAAGUUGCUUUUGGCUUACGACUCAAUGGGAGGAACUAAUAACAAACCAGUUUAAACAAAACUGAGAUAAGUUAUAUUACCUCAAGUUCUCUUGUUGGGCUCAAA